AUGCUGAAAUCCACAUAUACAUCACUACCUCUGCCCCCAGGGUGGACAGAGCAUCGGGCGCCUGCUGGUCAACUGUACUACUACAAUUCGGCUACCAAGCAGUCAACGUACACAAGGCCUCAAGUGCCAUCGCCUGCCCCUCAACCCGCACCGACUGUCCCUGGGCCUUCUCAACCACUUUCCUACUAUGCGCCAGAAACUUUACCACCUUUUUCCUCUACAGCAUAUGGCCCAGCAGGGUACGGACCUGAUGGGUCACAGCAAAGUGAACACCAGCAAGGCCAUGGCCGAGGUGGUUUCCGGGGAGGAAAGGGUUAUCAGGAUCGUGGGCGUCGCGAGCCUCAGGAUAGACCCAAGUCGAAACAUCCCAUACCAGAUUGCGCGCCUUGGGUACUCGUGAAAACCAAGUUGAAAAGACGUUUUAUUUAUAACCCGGAAACCAACGAGAGCUUUUGGAAAUUUCCACAAGAGGUAUUGAAAGGCGUCGUCGAAUACGAUCGUUUGGAACGCGAGAAGAAAGAGAAAAAAGAGCGGGGCGAAGAACCCGAGGAGCUUUCCAAAGAUAGUGUCCCAGAAAAGACGACACAGAAACCAGAGAAGGCCAUUGAAGCUCCCACGCAGAUUCAUUCGGCACCCGAACAAUCAGGAGGGCCCGAAGAUAGCGACGAGUAUGAAGAGGUCGAAGUUACAGAUAGCGAGUAUGAGGACGAGGGACUGCCAUCGAAACGAGCACGGACUGAUAGUGAAGCCCCCGACAAUAAGCCAGUGGAAUUCACCGAGGAGGAUAUGGCUUAUCAGCUUGAGACCAUGGGAGAGGACUAUGGUCUCGACCCGGAGGAAUACGGCGAACCCGGAGAAGAGGACUGGGAGGACGGUGCCCAGGGCCUUGAAUUGACCGAUGCUGAUGCCGAAGCACUCUUCCGCGAUCUUCUCGAUGACUACAACAUCAAUCCUUUCACAAUUUGGGAGAAAAUCAUUGAAGAGGGACGAAUCAUCGAGGAUUCUCGAUAUACCGCACCUGGAAACAUGAAAACUCGACGUGAGAUAUUCUCAAGAUGGAGCAGUGACCGAAUCAAAGAUGUCAAACAACGCAAAGCAAAACAAGAAAAGCAUGAUCCUCGCAUCGAAUACUUGGCAUUUUUACAGGAAUACGCCACGCCCAAACUCUAUUGGCCUGAAUUCAAACGCAAAUACCGCAAAGACAAAGCGAUGAAGGAUUCACAAUUGCAUGAUAAGGACCGCGAGAAGUUUUAUCGCGACUACAUUUCUCGUCUCAAACUUCCCGAGAGCACUCGAAAAUCGGAUCUUUCCGCUCUUCUCAAGUCGGCGCCUGUCCACACCCUGAAUCGAUCGUCGAAUCUCGAAGCUCUCCCAACAAUGAUCAUGACGGAUAUUCGAUACAUUGCACUUCCUGCUCAAACCCGGAACCCGCUGAUCGAAGCCUUUAUCUCUACUUUGCCUCCAGCACCAGAGGUACGGCUGACAGCCGAAGAACAGGAGGAACACGAUCGAAAACAAAGGGAGCGGGAGAAGCGUGAAAGGGCCUUUGCGGAGAGAGAAAAACAAGUCGAGGAUGAUAAGCGAAGGCAACGUGGCGAUCUUCUUCGAGGCAAACAUCUCCUCCGUGAAGGUGAAGCAGAAAUAGCGGAAGCUAUGCAAGUCCGCAAGCAUGGAUUGCGUAGUUAUAUGGAAGUCGAUGAUGCGCCAGCUGAAGCUGAAGAGACGCAUGGUCAAUGA